GAUAUAUUCUGCUCUGGUGCCUCAAGAACUGAACAUCUUGCACGACAAACGUCAAUACCUUGAGUUGAGAAAAUUUUUAUUUGAAGGUGAUAAUGACUGCCCUCGGUGUGGUUGAACAUCUCAGGAACUUAGCAGCUGAUCCACAAAACAGAGCCACCAUAGUUAAAGUACGAAAUAUUUUAAUGUACUUUAAAUACCUUUAGAAAGCAGUUAUGUCGGCCACAUUUAUUUUAUGAUGUUGAUUCAUUUAAUUUUCUGAUUCUUGUACUUAGGAUCAGGGGUGCCUAGCAGGACUGGUUUUAUUUCUAGACAAUGAAGAUGUCAAUGUAGUUAACACAGCCCUUGAGGUAUAUAUGUAAUCAAAUCUCAUCACAAGCUAGUAUAUUCUUCCAGUUGAAAACGGAUAUUUGUGGCAAUUUUAACUGACAACAAGAUUUUAUUGGUUGGUCAUUUCUUCCAGGCGUUGAAGUUUUUGUCAGAAUUUCAACCCAACCGUUCGAAAAUGAAGGAAGAGAUGGGCAUGGUUAUCAGCUUAAAAACCAUCAUGCACAAGGAGGGUUACCACUCCAAAGCAAGACAGCUUGCAAAGGAGGUUUAUCAAAAUAUCAUUUCAACUGUGAAGACACCUUCGAGUAGAAGAGCCAGGCAUGUAAUAUAUUUUUUAGUGUUCUCCUUUUAAUUUUUCUCGGUUUUGCCUGUUAUUUAUUUUUUGGAUUAGACUAACUGACUUUUCUUUAUAACUGUUGGGCUUUUUCCCCUUUUUUUUUUCUUACAGUGAGACAUCACAAUCGUUUUUCCUUGGAAAUUUGAACAAGAGAGCCAAAGUGGUUACACUUCACAUCAAAGGCUUGGCAAAUCAGGUUUGAAUUAAAUUGUUUCAUUCUACAUUAAAAGGCAGUGGAGUUUUCAAAUUAGCUUGAAACAAAUUGACAUAGCACCAGUACAAGUCCAAAAUUUUGAAUUUUUCUGUUUAGGUCACCAGAAAGCUUUGUGAGGAGGAAUUACUGAAAGUUAAAGGAGUAAUAAGCUUUACAUUUGUUAUGAAUAAAUCAAGAUGUAUUGUCAGAUGUAAAGUGGAGCUAACACCAGAAACACUGUGUGAUGCUAUCAAUAACACAAAAGUUCUGUCAGCUCAACAAGUGAUCAAGAAUGAAAGAGGAGAAGAGGUAAGUUAAGUGGGAAAGUAAGAACCACCUACUAGUGGUGCUCUCCCUUAUUUAAAGCUUGGCAGGUGAAUAGAUGUGAUGACAAUCUAAGUCAGGGGUAUCAGUAAACGCUGGUCACCAACAGUCUACCGACACCUAGGACACCUCUUACUGCUGUCUGUUUAGUCAGGCUCUUUUAAUUGGGUUUCGAGAUACAACUGCCCUUGUCACUAUUGGAAGUGGCUGCUGGAAAAAGUCAUUGAAACCAUUCUGAAUGGUUGUCUUCUUCAGAGUUAAAAAAAAAGCAUUGUGUUUAAUUUUCUCUUAGAAAAAUCACUCAAAAAAAGUUAUUCAAGUCACUUAUAGACAAAAGUUAGUUGCCUAUGGUGCUAGAUCAGAUCUUCCGAGGCAAAAUCUUUCUAACAUACUUCAGGUGAUUCAGUUCAACAAUUUUUUGUUCCUGAAGGUGAUGUUGUCAUUUGGCAAAGCUCCUGCUAAGAGUUGUGGAAGGGGAAACAGCAGUACAUUACCAGACUAUCUGCCUGAAGAUGAUGAAGAUACAGUCAUCUCUGAUAAGGUAAGUAAAGAAUACCCGACACAACAGACUCUCUUUACUUGUAGUUGAUUGUUCAAGAACAGAGUAAGUAAAUUAAUUACAGCUCAGCUAUCCCAUGGCUGCAGCAUUGUUGUAUUAUGGAGUUGAAGCCACACCCUCUUCAGCACUCUCUUAAUUUCCAGUGUAACAUUAACAAGCUAUUGUUUGUAUACCCAAGCCUUUGGUAUAAGUGACAGUGUUUUUGAUACCUGUGUUACUAUUUAUAAAAUGGAAAAAAUAACCCCCCCCUUCUACUCACCUCUUUUAAAUGACAAAGAACUCAAUUACACAAAAGAAUGGCAUUUUUUAGCAAAAGGGUCUAAUUUCUACAGUGUAGUUAACAAUUCUUUUUUCCAGGCAAUCACAAGAGUUGGAGAUGACAAAGAAAAUGGGUGGUUUUCCAGCGUUACAAGCUUUUUUAGCAAGACAUUAUAUUGGUAAAAAAAGCCAGAAAAGAAAAUGAGCAGAUUGAAAUGUUUUGUAAAUAUCACUGUGGGUGAAAACUAAAUUUAAGUUCAACAUUUUGUAAACUAUUUAGAAAUUUUAUUGAAAUCCCUCAAUCUUUAUUGCUCUUUUCCACCAAUUAGUUUUUGUGAUUUUGGAGCUUGCGUUGCAGUUUAAUAGGCUUAAAAUACUCCCAUAUUUAGUUGAGCUGUUACUUGUAAAUUAUAACUUUUGGAUAGUAUGAACUCUUACAUAAACUUUGGUUGAACAGAUUAAACUCAAGAGAGCAAUCUUUUUUAAAUGUGCUGUGUGAAAAGGGUUGCUGUACUUUCUGACUUUGUAUCAGUUAGCCUUUUCUUCCAUGUUUCUUCAUGCUGAGAGAUAUUGAAAUUUCAACAUUCCAG